AUGGGUUUACAGAUUAAAAGAAAAACUCAUGUUCUCGAACCUGAUCAUCAGUUCCACAGGGCCAAAACGGUGCGUUUUGCAGCUCCUUCAGCAGCCAUAAAUUCUCUUCCGAGAGAUAUAUUGGUAGAAAUUUUGGCGAAAGUGGCGGCCUCCUCAUUCUCCGAUCUAUACAACGCCAAGUUGGCGAACAAAGAUUUUCUCGGAGCGGCAAUGGACGGCCACGUGCUCCACCACGUGUUGCUUCGAGAUUUGCCAGUAUUUUCAUGGUGGCACGGCCCCAAAUUUUCAUCGUUCAUCGAAAACUGCGUGAAAGCCGGAAAUCCAGAAGCUUUGUUUAGAAUGGGGAUGAUACAAUUCUUUUGCCGCAACGAGGAAGCUUCCGGAUUGGCCAAUUUGAAAGCCUCCGGGGAGAAAGGCCACGUGGAAGCUGCUUACGUGUAUGGCGUCAUUUUGUACCGACAGUCGAAGGGGGAAGCCGGAGCAGAGUUUUUGAGGCGGUGCGAGUCGAGGGGAGGCGAGAGAAUGACUGAGUGUCGCCGGAGGAUCAAGUGGUUUGUUUGGGGAAUGUGGGUUAAAAAUAAGAGUUUUUUGCGAGAAGAUAAGGAGUAUUUAGAUCGACGGAGGCAGAGCUGCUGCUUCGAAAAAGAGUGUCAUAUGAUUAAAAUGAUGGGAUGGGAUUGGACUGAUGAAGCCAAUUGUUAUGGGGAUGACACGUGUGAAAGGUGUAAAUGGAAUGGAGAGGUUUCAAGGUUCUCUAAUAUGUUGAGGACUGGAGGAUAUAAUUAA